GCCCCGCUGCCGCAAAUAAUCUUCACUGACUCUUGAGAGCGUCAAAUCUCGAUAUUCAAACGAAAAUGUCCUUUCGCAAGCGAAAUAUCGGACUAUCGACUGGCACAGGCCAGGGACCCGCUGUCAAUCCACCCGCGCAAGCACCACAAGCCGCCGACUCGAGCCCUGGAAUCCGUCCCUCACCCGAUGAUGGCAGACCAACAACGUCUACGGGUACACUGUCGCUGGACAAUCUUCUGGCAGGACAUGGGGGGCUUCCUAUUGGGAAGAUGCUGUUUAUUGAAGAGAAUGGGACUACAGACUUUGCGGGCGCAUUGCUACGAUACUAUGCUGCCGAAGGAGUGGUGCAGGACCAAAAGGUUCAUGUUAUUGGAGUGCCAGAGCAAUGGGGAAGGAGUCUUCCUGGCUUAAUAGGCUCUGCUGAAGCUGGUGAUGAGAAGACGGACAGGCGGAAGAGCGAGCGUAUGAAGAUUGCCUGGCGAUAUGAGCGUCUGGGAGAGUUUGGCGCAGGAGUUGCAGGAUCACGAGGUGAGUAAUACAUCUGUCCAAUCACACCCUAUUGGAACCAUCGCACUGAUUAUAAUAGCUCCCGCGGCACUCGAACAGAACCAAAGCACGGACGGGAACCAGGUGAAACCAGCAUUCUGUCAUGCAUUCGACCUCACGAAACGCCUUACCCAUCCCUCCAUUGCGAAAAUGAACUUCAUCCCGUUUGCACCCACGAGAGAGCCAUUCUUUACUUCCAUUUAUAAGCGACUUCACAGCGCCAUUGCAUCUAGCCCUCCGAACACUGUGCACCGCAUCGUCAUCCCGUCCUUGCUCAGUCCCACCAUGUACCCUCCAGAAGUCAGUCAGCCAGACAAUGUUCUCCCAUUCCUUCACUCCCUCAGAGCUCUUUUGAAUACCCCGAACGCACGCAUCACAGCCAUUAUCACGGUUCCUCUGUCACUGUUUCCCCGCGAGUCAGGCCUCGUACGAUGGAUGGAGCUGAUCGGCGAUGGUGUUAUCGAACUGUGUCCUUUCCCCCACUCUGCGGAUGCACUGGCGACAUCGGGAGCGGCAACUUCUGGAGAAGAGCCACCCCAGGGUAUGCUGAAGACACAUCGACUGCCGGUGCUGCACGAACGUGGUGGUGGUAGUGAUCAGAAUAUCGGGCAGGAUUGGGCGUUCAAUCUGAGCAGACGGAAGUUCGAGAUCAAGCCCUUCAGCUUACCGCCAGAUGAGGGGGACAAGGAAGCUCAAGGUGGAGCAGCUGCGGGUGGAAUGCCUAAGAAGGAGGAUUUGGAAUUCUAAAGUGAUAAUCGAAUUGGAGGUAGAUUAUUCUUCAUGGUUCGAGUCUUCGAGCAUAUCCUGCAGCUCGAUCUGUUCAGACAUGGCCCCGCCCGUUUGCGCCAUUGUCCGGAGAUAACUCCGUCCAAAUGCAGGUCUACUCGACUCGUCUUCAAAUUGACGGCGCACGCGAGAAAAGGCAAACCAUGCUUCAAGAUGUCAGCAAAUGCGGCGCGACGCAGAUAAAGGAUCACCCACCUAAAACGAGAAGGAGGGGUGAAAAGAACACGAGGAAUAGCAGGAAGAAAAAAUUCAUUACGGUGUUUGGUGACAAGCGUCAGGUGUAAAUACAAGUCAAAGACAU